AAGUAGCGCUUCCCCCAGUUGACAACGACCGGGCCCCCAGAGUCACCUGCGGGGACAACUGGGAUGGACUGGGAUGGACUGGGAUGGACUGGGAUGGUACUGGGGGUUACUGGGAUGUACCGGGGGUUACUGGGAUGACACCGGGGGUUACUGGGAUGGCACUGAGAUGGCACCAGGGGUUACUGGGAGGCACUGGGCGUUACUGGGAUGGCACUGGGGGUUACUGGGAUGGCCCUGGGGGUUACUGGGAUGGCACUGGGCAUUACUGGGAGGCACUGGGGGUUCCUGGGAUGACACCAGGGGUUACUGGGAGGCACUGGGGGUUACUGGGAUGUCACUGGGAUGGCACCAGGGGUUACUGGGAUGACACCAGGGGUUACUGGGAUGGCACUGGGAUGGCACCAGGGGUUACUGGGACGGCACCAGGGGUUACUGGGAUGGCACCAGGGGUUACUGGGAUGGCACUGGGGGUUACUGGGAUGUCACUGGGAUGUACUGGGGGUUACUGGGAUGUACUGGGGGUUACUGGGAUGACACCGGGGGUUACUGGGAUGGCACUGAGGUGGCACCAGGGGUUACUGGGAGGCACUGGGCGUUACUGGGAUGGCACUGGGGGUUACUGGGAUGGCCCUGGGGGUUACUGGGAUGUCACUGGGAUGUACUGGGGGUUACUGGGAUGGCACCGGGGGUUACUGGGAUGGCACUGGGGGUUACUGGGGGUUACUGGGGUUACUGGGAUGGCACCAGGGGUUACCGGGAUGGCCCUGGGGUUACUGGGAUGGCACCGGGGGUUACUGGGAUGUACUGGGGGUUACUGGGAUGACACCAGGGGUUACUGGGAUGGCCCUGGGGGUUACUGGGAUGGCACCAGGGGUUACUGGGAUGGCCCUGGGGGUUACUGGGAUGGCACCAGGGGUUACUGGGAUGGCCCUGGGGGUUACUGGGAUGGCACCAGGGGUUACUGGGACGGCACCAGGGGUUUCUGGGAUGUACUGGGGGUUACUGGGAUGGCACUGGGGGUUACUGGGAUGUACUGGGGGUUACUGGGGCUACUGGGGCGGGGCUCACCGCGGCAGGCGUUGGGGUCCACCUGGGGCUGGGCCCCCCCCGAGCAGAGGAAGCGGGGGGUGACGACGUCGGGCAGCGCCGACACGUUGCCGUAG